AAAAUAUUUUCUAUUUUCCAUUCUUCUUUCCCUUACUUUAUACAUUUUGAAAAUGUCUGAACCUGUUGUUGAUCAAAAGAACCUUCAAAAGGAUCCCGUCACUGGUGAGAUGAUCUCCAAGUCUGAGUUCAAGAGACGUGAAAAGGUCCGCGCCAAGGAAGCUUCUAAGGCUGCCAAGGCCGCUGCUGCUCCUCCCAAGGAAGUCAAGGCCAAGAGUGCUGAAGACGGUGAGGAAGAAUUGAACCCUAACCAAUACUUUGAGUUGCGUUCCAAGGCUAUCAACAAGCUCCGUGAGAACCCCAGCCCUGAGCCUUAUCCUCACAAGUUCCAAGUUGAGAUGAGUCUUCCCAGCUUCAUUGAAAAGUUUGAAAAGUUAGAAGUUGGUGAACGUCUUGAUGACCAAGUUAUUUCUCUUGCUGGUCGUAUCCACAACAAGCGUGAUUCCGGUGCCAAGUUGAGAUUCUACGAUUUACAUGGUGAGGGUGUCAAGGUUCAAAUUAUGGCUGCUCUCCAAGACAACGAAGGUGAUGAUUACACUGAAAUUCACGAUCUUUUGAGACGUGGUGAUGUUGUUGGUGUCACUGGUGUACCUGGUAAGACCAAGCGUGGUGAACUUUCCAUCUUCCCCAAGAAGGUCACUCUCUUGUCUCCUUGUCUUCGUAUGUUGCCCAAGGCCAAUUAUGGUUUCAAGGAUAUGGAAUUGCGUUUCCGUCAACGUUACCUUGAUUUGAUCAUGAACAACUUUGUUCGUGACAAGUUCACUAUCCGUAGUAAGAUCGUCACCUAUAUUCGUUCUUUCUUUGACUCUCGUAACUUCCUUGAAGUCGAAACCCCCAUGAUGAACCAAAUUGCUGGUGGUGCCACUGCUAAGCCUUUCGUCACCCAUCACAACGAUUUAAAGUUGGAUAUGUUCAUGCGUGUUGCCCCCGAAUUAUACCUCAAGAUGUUGGUUGUUGGUGGUCUUGAUCGUGUUUAUGAAAUCGGACGUCAAUUCCGUAACGAAGGUAUCGAUAUGACCCAUAACCCUGAAUUCACCACCUGUGAGUUCUAUAUGGCCUAUGCUGAUAUGUACGAUUUGAUGGAGAUGACCGAAGAACUUGUUUCCGGAAUGGUUAUGAAGCUCUUUGGUAAGUAUCAAAUCCAAUACCAUCCUCAAGGUCCUGAGGGUCCCGCUUUGGAUAUCGAUUUCACUCCUCCUUUCAGACGUCUUGAUAUGAUCCAAACUUUGGAAGAGAAGUUAAACUGUACUUUCCCUCCUGGAGAUCAACUUCACACUGCCGAAACCAACAAAUUUUUGUCUGACCUCUGUGCCAAGAAUGGCGUUGAGUGUUCUGCUCCUCGUACCAAUGCUCGUAUGUUGGAUAAACUUGUCGGUGAGUACCUCGAAACUGAAUGUAUCAGCCCUACUUUCAUUACUGGCCAUCCUCAAAUGAUGUCCCCCUUGGCCAAGAAGCAUCGUGAUCGUGCUGGUCUUUGUGAACGUUUCGAAAUGUUUGUCGCUACCAAGGAAGUCUGUAACGCUUACACCGAAUUAAACGAUCCCUUUGAUCAACGUGAACGUUUUGCUCAACAAGCUAACGAUAAGGCUGCUGGUGAUGACGAGGCUCAAUUAAUCGAUGAAAACUUCUGUCAAUCUCUCGAAUACGGUCUCCCCCCUACCGGUGGUUGGGGUAUGGGUAUCGAUCGUAUGGCCAUGUUCUUGACUGACUCUAACAACAUCAAGGAAGUUCUCUUGUUCCCUGCCAUGAAGCCUGAGGAAAACAACUAGAUUUAAACUUUUUGUUUUUUUUUUUAUACAUAUAUAUAUUUUCUUUCUGGAAAAAAACAACAUUCUCAGCAUUUUUGAAAUAAUAAAUAAAAAUAUUUAUCACACUUUUCAUGAUAUCUUAUCUGU